UAUUAAAACCUGUAAAUUCUGUCAAAUCUACUAGGACUAACAAUCAUCAACAACAAACAAAACACAACACAACAUUACGAACCGCAUUACGUGUUCAGAAAACUUCAUGUCGUUCACAGACCCAUUCAAGCAAGUCUGCUCUGGAGGGGCAUCUGAUCCGUCUCGGCAAGCGCAUCCGAAGUUUAUCUCGCAGUAAGUAUGAUUUCCUGUUCAUGGAACAAAAUAAUAUUGAACAUCCACAGGCUAUAUUCUAUCGGUAAAUACUCAGAUCUCAUCGUCAAAUAUCAAGGAAAGGAAUCCAAGGUUCAUCGAGCAAUUUUUUGCCCUCAAUCAAAGCCUCUUGCUGCGGCUAUAGACCAUGGGUUUAAGGUAAUUUUUAUGCAAAAUGAUGAUUCGUGUUUGGUUUGUGCUGAUGAAAAGUUUUAGGAAGCUACUACUGGCGUUAUUACCUUCGAGGAAGACGAUCCGGAGAUUGUAGAAUAUAUGAUCAAGUUUCUUUAUGUGGGUACCUACAACGUAUUCGCACGGAUGAACAAACUUACUGCAUCUGAGAUGUUGCAAAACGCAACAUCCUCGGCCAAAUCAUAUGCUUCAUCAUUGCAGAAGCUAUAGCGCGUGUUCGGGGAGGACUUUUUAGACAGAAGGCUAACAUGUUUUCAAGCCCCAAUGGCGCUUCCAUAUUCGCACCUAUGGAUGCACCCAGAGGUGCAAGGGGCAAUAUAUUUGACUUGACACCAUCAGUUUUUUAUCCAUAUCGCGAAGCUUGUCCUACUAAUACUUUUGCAGCCGCAGCUAGAUCUGCAGCAUCAAUAUCAAACAGCCACAGUUAUGUGUGGGGUGGAAUUAUAGACACAGAAAAUCUCCAGUUCACAGCUCGGAAGGCACGUUUGAAUGGUUAGGUACUGGUUUGAGUUCCAUCAACUUCUGCGCGGUGGAUUUGAUCAAGCAUGCAAAGGUAUACAUCAUGGCCGAGAAAUAUGACAUUAAACCAUUAAAGACACUGGCUCGUGAGAGGUACUUCACUAUCUCAAAGAAUUGCUGGGACUCUUCUUACUUUGUGGAAAGUAUUGAAAUUAUCUUUGAUAGUACGCCGGAAAUUUCUGGAGGAGAUUGUCUUCGAAACUCCACCGUGGAGACUGCUGGUAGGCAUGUGGAACAACUUCUGGCGAGAAAGGACUUUACCGAAUUGUGUCAGGAUAUGGGUGAUACUGCCACUUCCAUUCUGCAAAUCAGCUGUGAUGUGACGAAAUUUACGGAUGGUGGUUGGCAUGGCUUUAAGAUGUAGGCUGAAUGUUUAUAUGAUUAGGUACUAUGAAUAA